AUGCAGGCCUUUGUCCCAAAGAAUCGGAGACCCCGGUUUGAGCUUGUUUUGAGAAUAAUAGACAUCAACAAUGUUCCAUUGGGCAAUGGCACUGCGUCGGUGCGAUGGCGUCUACCAUCAUCAAGUGCUGCCACUGAGAGCCAAGGCCACACGGACAAGGCACCCCUAGUGGAUCAUCGCGCAUCGUGGAAUUAUGAAAAGACCUCUCUUAUAAGGAUUACUAUUGACAGGAACUCGAUGCUGCAAGAAUGCGACAUUAACUUUGAAGUCUUGCAAGAGUUUCAUUCCUCGCCCACCAAUGAAAAGAAUUUACUUGGAAAGAUCAAAUUGAACCUCGCCGAAUACGUGGACAAAGUGGAAGAGGACGAAGGUGUCAUCAGGAGAUAUCUGAUGUUCGACAGCAAGGUCAACAGCACACUUAAAAUAGGUAUUGCUAUGCGUCAAAUCGAAGGGGACCGCAACUUCACAACACCUCCAUUGAAAUCAGCCACUGUCUUCGGAGGCAUUGCAAGGGUUGUCCACUCUGGAGAAGGAGGCGAUUCAGAUGAUUCCGGUCAUUUACCAUCAAUCAAUACCAAGCCCAACGAAAUGGCAGAUAUGCAGGAUAUGUACCGACGUACAUUAGCCGCCUCAUGGAUGUCUAGGCCAUGUGAUUUACCCGCUGAUAAGUUGAUUGAGGACUUAUUUGAUGGCAGUUCUUGCUGGAACAAUGAUUCGCAUAACAACCUACCUGACGGGCACCCGGGAGAUGAUCGUCAGAAUAAUUUAUUAGGUGCAGAAGCCGCCGAAAGACAAACUCGCUCCGCAAAGAGGCUCUCGCCUAGUUUUGAGCGACGUCCCAAGAGUUCUUCUAGCUUCCAUUCUGGGGGAAGCCCAAAACCCCCUGAUUCCCAUUCUACCUUGGGGUCUUCUUCUCAUCAUAAAGAUGCCGACCUAGAGCAUCCUUUGUAUGAUGGCAAAGGGCGGAGCUGGAAGAGCCGGAAUGCUGAGCAUGAACGUUCUGAGUUUUCAGUUCGAGAAGAUUUGCGCAGCUGGGAAGUGACAUCAAAGGAAUAA